AUGACCAAGAUUAGUCAAGAACAUACCAACGCCAAUGGCGAACGUAAACAAUUUUUCGAAAGCGACCUGAUAUAUGCGUCCGGGAUCACUUGGACACUGGUCAGUAGUAUGCCCCCGUCAGGUGGGACGGGUAUGAUGGAUGACGAAGCUCUUAUAGAGGCGGAGAUUCAGCAGCAGCUUCAGCAACUCAACAUUGAAGAUGAUGAUGACGACGGUCAAUGGGACAAUGCUGGGCUUCCCGGGCUGCAGGAGGAUUAUGAUGAUGAUGAAGUGGUCAGUCCCCUGGAGGAUGUGCCACUGGAAAUGGACAGUUACUUCAGACUUCUGAACAAACAGACAAAGGCGUUCGAGGAGGAGCUAGAGGAGUGCGAUGACCUCAUCAACUAUCAACAUGGCCAGAACUCCAAGUCCAUUGUAGCUGUAGAAGACUUGGAAUUAUUGAAGGAGGAAGCAAAUGCACAAGGCAAAGACCCUGAGGAACUUAGGAGAAAGAUUUUGGAGGAGAUAUCAAAGGCCACUGAGGAUGAGGAUGGUGCUGAUCUGGAGCCUAUUGUGUUGGCAGGUGUGGAUCCAGGGGACCAGGGGCCAGGUGGUGGGGAUGGACUGGCUUUGGUUCCCGUUGAUGAAAGACAGCUGGCUUUUCAACGAGAGAUGAGGGAACAGAUAGAUAAUGUGGAGAAACAGUACAGGAUCAGAGAGGAGAAGCUGAAAGCUGCUUUGGAAGGAGAGAGAAAAGAGGCGGACUUAAUAAAUAGGGAAGUGGAGGAACAACGUCAACAAAAACGUAAACAACUGGAGAGGGAGGUCACCACUUUAGCGAAGGAAAGACUGGUGAAGCAGGAGAUACUGGAGAAAGAGGAGAGAGAAAGUCUUGGACUACAAGAGUCAGCACACCGACAGCACCAGGAAAAUCUGAAGAAGAUAACUGAAGAAAUAGAGACUGAACACAAAGCUUAUGAGGAGGGACGAAAACAGGAGGAAACAAAAAGGCAACAGAGGAGGGAACAGGCAGCCACAAAAAUACAAUGUAUCUUUAGGGGCUACAGUGUAAGGAAAGAAAACAAAGCCAUAAAAGACAUCCUAGAGGAGAAAGCUGAAGUCAGGAAAAAGGAACAGGAAGAGGGAAAAAUACAAGAGGCAGAACAGAUGAUCCAACAACGUAGGCAGGUGAAGGAGGAAGAGGAAGAAAUUAAAAGGCUUAAAGUGGAAGAAAAAGAAAGGGAAAAGGAAGAAAAGAAACAAAAAAAGGAAGAGGAAGAAAGAGAGAAAGAGGAAAAGAGGCGAAAAAAAGAGGAAGAAAAGAGGAAAAAAGAGGAACAGAAAAAGUUAGAAAAAGAAAGAGAAUUAGAAGAAAAAAGAAGGAAAAAGGAAGAAGAGGAAAAAAGAAAACUAGAAGAAAAACUGAAAAAGGAAGAAGAAAGAAAACGCCUGGAAGCUGAAGAAGAACGAAAGAAAGAGGUAGUCAGAAAAUUGAAAGAACAAAAAGAACUUGAAGAGGAGAAAGAAAAAGAGAGAAAAUUACUAGAGGCAAUGCAAAAAGAGGAAAAAAGGAAAAAGGAAGAAGCAGAAAAGCUUGAGAUAGAGAGAAAACAGAAAGAGGAGAAAGAGAGAAAGCUACAAGAGGUAAGCAAACAGGAGGAGGAGAGAGAGAAAAAGCUGCAAGAGGCAGAAAAGCAAAAACAGAACGAGGAACAACAAAUAAUAGAAAAGGAAAAGACAGAAAAACAAGUGAGUUUAAAGCAGAGUGUUGAGCUAGCUACUCCACGAAGUAGUAGACGGGAAGGAGGAACAAGUAGCCGAUCAAGUAAACACAGUGACAUAAGUCAACUUACCGAGGGUACAGACCAGGAAGAGAAGAAAAGUUUUAUAUUACACAGGAAAAGUGAACAGAGAGCCAUGAUGCUGGGUCUGCCAGACAGAGCUGAGGUACGGAGACUGCAGUGGAUCAACUCCUGUAUUCCUUGGAGUAAAGUAAGCAAUGAACCGUGGAAGUUGAAGACUGCCACCACUAAGAAGCCAUCAAGACGACCAGCCUCUGCCAAGAAGUUAGAACCACUCGACAAGUACAUCAUCACUUCAGCUGCUCAGGUUGACACGCUCAGACAGGUGACCACAGUCAAAUUGCAGGACUUGCCUGGCUGUGACGUGUCCACUCUUGGUCAGUGCUGGGGCCUCAAGUACCUAUCAAUGACAAACUGUAACCUAGUGGCAGUGGAUGGUCUACAGUCCUGUAAACAGCUUCAAUUUGUUCACUUCAAGCACAACUUUAUAGAGUAUGUCAACCUGAAGGACCUCGGCAAUCUGUCCUAUGUCAAUCUGUCUCACAACAAACUAAGUGUUUUACAUGGUCUGGAUGGGUGUGGCAACCUACGUUGGCUGGAUCUGUCUCAUAACAGACUCACUAGGACAGGGGGUAUUUACUCACUGCGGCGCCUACAUACUCUCAACCUGUCACACAACCAGCUGAUCAGUACGACAGGGCUGGGGGACACGCCCACUAUCCAGUUCCUAGACCUAUCACAUAACCAUCUACAGGACUGUCAGGACAUCAGCAGGCUCUGUCUCCUACAAGUUCUCAAGCUGACCUCUAACAAUCUCCUCCAGCUCCCAGACCUAAAGAACCAGGUGCUACUACAAAGUCUGUGUUUGGAGGACAACAGUCUCACCUGUGUUAAGGGACUGGGGCUCUGCUGGUUCCCUCUACUACAGAGACUUGACCUUAGUCAAAACAGCAUUGAACACCUAGUUAACUUUGAAGUGUUCCAUUUACUGUGGGAUGUAGAUGUUGGUAGCAACCAAAUCUUGGAUCCUGAGGUGCUGAUUAAGUGCCUACGUGGCUGUGUGUAUCUAGAGAAACUGGGGGUAAUAGACAAUCCAGCCCUGGAGGACGAUUUAGACCUCAGAUCUAAACUUGCCGAGAUGUUUCCCCGACUAUCAUCACUCGACAGUGCUGAGUACAUUGGGUCACAUGACAAGGUUUCACCAAUCAGACCACGCAACAGUUUUGAAGCUAUGUGUGUGAUCCAGACCAAAGUGUUUCAGGAUGCCAGACACAAGUUUGAUCAGGACCUCAUAUUACUGGAAAGUAAAGGUGACAUUGACUUGAACAAUAUGUGUGAGAUACACUUCAAAUUUUGUGAUAAAAUGUACCAAGUGGCUGUAGAGUAUCGUAAUUCUCAUGAAUACGGUGAAGUGAACAUAACGAUGCCUACAGCACCCUCUACACCAAAAACUGCUAGCCACCCUCGGUCUGGGAGGGCCAGACCUGCGCCGGCUGUCAGGGAGGAUCAGUAUACUAGUCCCAAGGAGAUGUUUGAGCGUGCUCUUCAGGGCGAAAAUCGGCCGGUAAACAACAGCCAGGGAGGAGGUACUAGUAGAGAUCCAAAGAUUACGGCAGAUAUGGUUGGGAAAUUUCUGGAAAGAGACAGAGAUUCUGAAACAUAUAGGCUGCAAAAGGAGAAGUCAGCCAUUCUGAUCCAGGCUGCCUGGCGAGGGUACUGUGUGAGGAAACAGUUGUUGGCUAAUGGCUUGGUAGUCGAACAGGACAUGUCUGACCUAGAUUACGAGGUGUUACAGGAGUUACACCAAGCAGCUACUAAAAUACAGGCUGUAUUCAGAGGCUAUAACCUCAGAAACAAACUGGAGAAGGCAAUAGAGUUCGCUCGCCUUGAUGAUGAUGAAGAUGAGGAUUUUGAUGAGGUGGAUUUAGGACAAUUUAAUUUUGAUGAGAACAUGCUGGAUGACUGGAAGCCUCCAGAGACACCCCAGAUCCCUGCAAGCAAUGCUGUCCUGGGAAAGCCACCAUCAGGGAAAUUACCUUCUGCAGACCACAUCCCUUUUUUGGAGCUUGGAGACAAACUCCACCCACCUGGCCUUCCUCGGAAGGCGUGGCGAGGAAUGGAUUCACCCCUUUCUGAUAUACAGAAUGCUCCACAUCACCCCAGACCACCCUCCUCCCUAGCCAGUGGUACGAUUAGUGCUAUGGACAGUCACCGUUCAGUGUUGUCCAAGAAGGAGGAAAAAAUCACACAAGAAUGGGGAUUCAAGGACAACCAAACAGCCAUUUUGAUGAUGCAAAGAGCAAAGAAAAUGAAGUAUAAUGCUGAGCGGAGAAAGAAGCUCGGCAAAUUAGAUCCUAAACAGAGGCUGGCACUAUUCAGGAAACUAGAAGAGACGACCAAUGUGAGGACAGUUGUACAACCAUCCAGGAAAACCCUACCUCGUAAGGAGUACUUCCAGGGUGAGUCUUAGGUGUAUUAUAAAGUG